CAUUGUGAUGGUUUUUGGUCUCCACUUUAAAUUGGAUUUCUUCACCCUAACUUGAUUUUCAGGUGAGACUCUGGUCUUCUGCUACCGAAAUUUAGAGGUUCGAAUUUGAUGGCUCAGAUUCCCAAAUUGGACAAUGCUCCUCUCAAUCUCAAAUAUAUGAGGGAACAGUCUCAGAAGGAGCUCAUAAACAUCCUCAAGAAUAUUCGAGGAAGGAAGUGUUUGGUGAUUGACCCCAAGCUCAGCGGUUCAAUAUCAUUGAUCAUUCAGACUGCAGUACUUCUCAAAGAACUUGAGGUUGAACUGCGACAUCUUUCGGCUGAAACAAUUCAAACUGACUGUUCCAAAGUGGUUUUCCUUGUCCGUUCUCAGCUUAGUUUGAUGAAAUACAUUAGUUCACAAGUCCAUAAUGAUACUUCGAAAGGGUUACAGAGAGAAUACUAUCUUUACUUUGUCCCUUGCCGCGCAGUUGCUUGUGAGAAGAUCCUUGAGGAGGAAAACGUCCAUGACUUGUUGGGUAUAGGGGAGUACCAGUUAUACAGUGUUCCAUUGGAUGAGGAUGUUCUGUCGUUUGAACUUGAUCUCUCUCUCAAGGAAUGCCUUGUUGAUGGUGAUAUGAGCUCACUUUGGCAUAUUGCGAAAGCCAUUCACAAGCUUGAGUUUUCUUCUGGGGUGAUACCAAAUGUGAGGGCGAAAGGAAAUGCAUCGGUGCGUGUUGCUGACAUUCUAAACCGCAUGCAAGCUGAGGAACCCGUUAGCUCAUCAGAUAUGGUUGUUCCAGAGAUAAAUACUGUCAUCCUUCUAGACAGGGAGGUGGACAUGGUUACUCCCAUGUGUACUCAGUUAACAUAUGAGGGCAUUAUUGAUGAGUUUCUGCGUAUCAAUGAUGGUUCUGUUGAGGUUGAUCCAUCCAUCAUGGAUGUCAAACAAGAGGGAAAGAAGAUGAAAGUUCCACUUAAUUCAAGUGACAAGCUGUUUAAAGAGAUAAGAGAUCUCCACUUUGAAGUUGUUGUCCAGAUUCUACGCGAAAAAGUAACAUCUAUGAAGCAGGACUACAAUGAGGUGACUUCAAAUACACAGACUCUUUCUGAAAUAAAGAAUUUUGUCAAAAAGAUGCACUCAUUGCCAGAAGUGACAAGGCACAUAAAUCUUGCUAAGCAUCUGAUGACUUUCACGUCGAAGCCAUUAUUUCGUGGACUACUUGACAUGGAACAAACAAUCGUUGAGACUGAGAGUUUUGACAUAUGCUUAGAUUACAUUGAAGAAAUGAUGCAUAAGCAGGAGCCUCUUGUAAGUGUCCUACGUCUUCUCAUCUUAUUUUCUAUUACAAAUUCUGGGUUGCCCAAAGAGAAUUUUGACUAUAUGAGGAAUGAACUACUCCAGAGUUAUGGAUUUGAGCACAUGGCUACAUUGAAAAAUCUGGAGAAGGCAGGAUUGUUUAAAAAACAGGAGACAAAAGGCAACUGGCCGAGAGUUAAGCGUGCCUUACAACUUGUCAUUGAACACAGUGACACAGCUAACCCCAAUGACAUUGACUAUGUCUUUUCUGGAUAUGCACCUCUUAGCAUUCGCCUUGUUCAGCAUGCUAUUCGAUCUGGAUGGCGUCCGAUUGAAGAAACUCUAAAGCUGUUACCCGGACCACAUUCAGAAACAAAGAGAGGCCCAUUCUCAAGCAGCGCAUCAUUUGACAAUUUUCAGGGGGCAGAAACCAAUGUAGACAAGGUAGCUGAUGGGAGGCGCUCCCUUGUACUUGUCAUCUUCAUUGGAGGUGUAACGUUUGCAGAGAUUUCCGCCCUUCGGUUUCUUAGUUCUCGGGAAGGGAUGGCAUAUGAUUUCAUAGUUGGGACAACGAAAAUGGUUAGUGGCCAUAGCUUGACUGAACCAUUUGUGGGGAAGAUGGAGGACCUGUAAAAAAUUUCAUGUCUUAGUUUUGUCUUUAUUUCUGCCUCUUUGAAAUGAACAUUGAGACUUCUUGGCUCGAUUUUGAAUCCAUUGUGGUUUGUGCUAAUGCGAUAUCAAACAGGUGUUUGUUGUUCCAUGUGUCUUCUCAUAUUAGAUAGAGUAUUUUGAUUUUCCAAAAGAAAACUAUAAGUAUAUAUGCAUACAGAGCAUAGGGAAUCAAGUUAGCCAGAACUUGGUCAGACAAAAACUUGCAGUAUGUAUUAACAUAGUUCUACCUGGUAAGUACUUCAUCUUUGCCAUUUCAGUUAUGCUGCUAUGUUGCCUUCGCUUUACUGCUUUUAAUCUGACCAACUGAAGUCAUUCUCACAUUACAGAUAGGCUUGAAUCCAUGCCUCAUUACUAAAAAAAAAAUGCAGUCGUAUCACUGCUUUCUGCUUAGGGCCCUGGGAAAUCAUCAUAGCCUCUCUAGCAAUCCUGGUUUCAAUUAGCAUAUCCCAUAUUAUACAUGAUUAGUCUACUACAUGGUUAGUUUCCAUUUUCUGUCGAGGCAUUUUAGCUUGUGAUUAGUCUACUACAUAUAAAAGCAUUUUGUAUGUGGUGUCGGUCCCUGGUGACAUUCUCCAUGUGCAUCCUAUGUCUUGGUGAUUCUUUCGAGCAUGCAAGUCCGAUCUCAAGGAUUGGAUAUAUGCACUUCCUCACAUCUGCAUUCAUCUUGUUUAGGGUCUCAGAGUCUAUGUUUUCUUCUUCUGCUUCAAUUUCGCUGCGAUGUAGCUCACUUCAUUUUCUGAUGCUGCAGGUGCUCUCUUCUAUACUGACAAGAAGAGCAGGGUCUAAAGUUUGCACAACUCUUCCGGGCACGGCCAUCUCAACAAAGUUGUGGGGAUUAAAUCCGUCUUUAGACAUCUCGUUUGUGGGUCUUCUUACUGUGAACACUUCCAAAAGAAGAAUCCCAUAACUAUACACAUCCCCUUGUCUUGAUGUCUCAACACCAAUUGCAUACUCUACAACUCGGAACACAAUCACGGAUGUCAAGUUUCUAUGUAUAUAUAAAAGUAAUUGGAACAUAACACCAAUAGUCUGCAAACUUUUAAUCAUGACUCCUUACUGAUUUAGAAUCAUAUCUAAACUUCAUCAA